AUGACAAGAGUUAUUGAGCUGGGGGAGUAUUCAGACCAUGCAUACGCUGCCAUCUUUCCUGGACUGGGCCUCCUUCUCACUGAUCCUGAAGGUGUUAUCACUCUCUAUAGAGACGAUGAUAAAGGUCCAGGGUUCAUUGUUCACAAGGCGAAUUCACCAAUCACAGCUUUGGCAUGCACCCAUAAUAUUAUACUAAUCUCAUGCGGAGAAACUCUUAGGGUGAGCAGGUAUCGUCCUGACCUAGGAAAAUUUGAUGAGCUCAGUGAUACUACAAAUGAGUGUACUUUGCCGCAUGCUGUAUCGGUUCUUUACAUUCUAGAUAGCCACGGCUUCCUUGCUGGAACAGAUGUCGGCGAGUGUUAUCUUUUCCCGGUCAAUCUUGAUGACGAAGUAGAGAUUGCUACCCCUUUACCAGAGCCGGUACUUCUUGGCAGACUAAAUGACGCGAUUACCUCACUUACUAGCUCGGAGACAAUGAUACUUAUAACCUCUCAAAGUGGCCAGGUGCUCCUCCUAGACAUUUCUUCAUACUUUCAGCCAGAAAAGAAGCCAGCAGAAACAGCAACUGUUUUCUCGACUAGACUCCUUUGCGCAGAGCUGCUACAGCCGGGAUCCAUAUCUUACGUUACUCGCCUGGGUUCUGCACUUUGUGGGAGCGACUUUCUCCUUCCGGGGGUUGAAUUGGCACUUCGAUCUGUGUCACGGCCACAAGCGCCCAUCAUGUCAUCGGCUCUUCCAGAUAACGACACUGUUAUCAACUUGCAAUAUGUCGUUUACGAAGGAGAAGCGACACCAGCACUCUUCUCAUGUGUGUCAAUGUCCCAGGAUCAAGUAUGUUCGGUGCACCUUGUGCGCUUUACUGGAAAGAAGCAAACGCCCUUUCUUAUUUGUUGCAUGCAAAAGUUUCCCAAUAAGGCAUUCAUUGUUUCCCAUUAUAUCCAAACUCGAGAUGGGCAUAUCUGUAGAUUAAUUGUACUCACUGCCUCUCCUAACGAGGGGAGGGCUCUACACAUAUAUGACAACUUCUAUACGCUGACACAUGCAGAUAAACAGGCGCUGAAGGGAUCCGCAGCUACAAUCAACGACCAAAUCCAAGAAUUAACAGCACAACUCCUCACAGAAGCUAUGACAGAACCUUUCACAAAGAAACAAUUAGCCCAUCAGGUUAAGACUUCUAAACCUAGUGAGCUCAACGAAGAACAGUCUGCUGAAAGCAGUAGCGAGUCUGAGAGUGAUCAAGAUACUGUCAUUCCACUUGGAAAAGAUACAGUAGAGCACGAAACAAAGAUCUCAUCAGGAUCCAUCGUGGAUAAGAUUCCAGAAGGAUAUAGUCUUCUGGUUGAACGGUUUGCUGAUCAAGUCCUUCAAAAGGUUAUUCUACACACGGGCUCCUCUCACACGACCUCUCCUGCCCUACUAGUCAACUUCUUUGUUAAGCUAGGUAGCACCACUCUCCGCUCUUGGGACUUUACCUCACUAUUAACGAGAAUUGAGGCACUCGGUCGCUCGUCCCGCACGUUCCUUUGUUAUACUUCCAAAGGAUCGGUGCAGAUGUCUGCCUUUGAUAACGGCACAUCCUUUAUCAUCUAUUGUAAGCCUCAUACCUUAGGGGCACGGGAGCAAACAUACACCCUACCACAGCCCGCUAUUCAUGCGUCUAUCUCGGAUUACGGAACUGCUAUCCUCAGAGAAACAUCUCUAUCUGUCUAUCCUUAUCAGGACUCUCCAACGGCUCCUGAGUUCAAGCGGGAGUGGAAGGUUGUUUUCCCUCCAACACUUAUACCUGUUGCUUGUGCUUUUGGUGACGCCCGCUUUGCGGCUGUCUCCUUCACAAAUAGAACGUUGAUAGCAUACUGUGGUGGCCUUGUUUGCUAUUCUAACGUGUAUGCCUGCUCCAUUACCUUACUGCUCAUGGAAGGGUCAAUUCUUUUUGUAUUGUCAGAAAACACCUUCUACCUUAUAGAUUUAGAAGCCAGAAAGACAAUUGUAACAGGUACAUCACCGGUCCCUCCUACCCAUCUAAUUUGGGGCUCCAUAGAUGAGUUCUGUGUGCUUUUGUACAGCCAAACAGGCACACUAUUUGCGUUAAACAUACAAUCUAUCUUCAGUUCUGUUACUUACACGUGGGUUCCCAUUCUAUCGGUAGUCGAACAAGAACGGAAACGGAUAUCUACCAUCCACAAUAAGAUACAUCGGUUCUACACAUCAUCUGACGUUCCAUCGAUAUCCCUCAACGAUAUGUCAGCACUGAGGCCUCUGUUUUACUUUCCUGUGGAUGUUAGUCUUGCUGAUCUGUCCAUGUAUGCUAUUUCAGCCUAUGCACUGGAUAUCAAAGGCAGCUCUGAUAAGAUUAUGACAGUAAGGCAUAUUUCCACCUCGCUACGAGGGGGAAAACUAUCAAAAACCAAAAGUUCCACAUUUCUCGAAGAACUGCGGAAUGCAUUCAACUGCGAUCUUCAAAGGCUGAAUGAAUAUCCGCUUCAGGCCCGUGUAAGCCUCCCAGCCAUGGGCGAAUUUGACGUCACACCCUGUGCAUUAUCUCCCGUUAUUAAUGCUAAUGAUGACGACAUUGAUCGUGCUGAGCGUGUGCUAGUCUUGCGAGAGAUUGCACUAAAUGCUCUCCUAGCGUGUUCCACCGAUGAAGGAGCGCUGCGAACAGCAGAGAAACAAUAUGAUAAAGAGGCAAUCCAGUAUAUCAACCUCUGUCUGCGAGCAGGCUUGAUUCCAAGGGCGUGUGCUGCUCUGCAAUUGCUUAGAACCAGAGGGGCAAUAGAAAUGGGCUUACAGCUAUUCAGCAUCGUUGGAGAAACACAAUUUGUUGAUGCUAUCUCGAUGAAGCUGGACGACGUGUUUGGACAGGCUCAGGGUAACGAGGAAACGCAACUUGUACGAAACACAGAGAUCCUGCCAUCUGGGGUUAGUCCAUUUUCAACCAGCUCCCUAUGGGCCAUAAAAAGUGAUUGCUUGAGCGCAGGGACUCUAUUUGCCCAGGUAAAGAGAGAUACCCUGGAGAAGCAGUACAAGCUCAUGAUUGCUGAGAUGAAUGAGCAGCUCGCUAUUCUAAAGACGCGCACCAGAACAGUUGAGGUAGAUAAACUUACAGGGAAUGGGCUAACCGUUCUGGAUGAACAUCCCGAUAAGCAUGCUAUACUAGCAGACGUUAAAGAAUCUCAAGAAGCAACCUUACAGGUAAAGGAGUCGUCAUCCUAUGCACCAAAGUCACGAUCCAUUAUGGCAACAACCACUUCCCCAACAAAAAGCCUUGCAUCUAUCUUUCAAAAAAAUAAAUAA